AUGAAGUGCAAUCAAAAGCAUAAAUUUAUGCGAGUUUCUUUCAUCUUUUUCAUCGUUUUGCUAUUUGCGUGCGGCUCUCUGGCAGGCGACAAUAACGUGGAGGAAACCGUAAUUGAAGAUUUUUUUAUAUGCCGCACCUGUGGUAAUGAUGUCAGUGUAGCAAACCUAGCGUUUGACAAAUAUAGCCCCUUGGCACUUAGCGCUACGAACCACACAUUUGCAGACACCCGGUCCGUUCUAAUACAGGAAGUACAAAACCCGCUCGGGAUUAGGUUUCACAUCUUUCUAGUGAAACAAGCAUCCUGCGUGAAAAUCCAUCCGUGGACACACAAGUCAUCCUGGUUCCCUGGCUACUCCUGGAAGGUUUGUGUAUGUCCCAAGUGCCAUACACUGCUCGGGUGGAUGUUCGAACCUAUUGAGAGCGCGACUGCUGAGCAAAGUUUUCCUUCCGAGGCAGGUUUCUACGCUCUCAUCUUUCAAAACAUUAUUACCGAAGGAUACGUGAAUUCAUUGCUUAUGAAAGAGAAAGCUCUUCGUGAUAAUUGA